CAACGUUCAAAACCCAUCAAGCUAGCAUCCUCAUCUCCGUUUAGGUGUUUCAAGCAAGAAUGACAUCUGCCAUAUGAGGAGGGACCUUCUGUUCCAACGACUGCACGCCCUCCGCCAUACACGAGCCGCAACAUCGUCACCGAUACCAACGCCGUUCCCAAUCCGAAUGUCCUUCUCCACCUACGCCUAUCCACCUCCCAAGUUCCCCAACGAACGGUACACCUACGCCCCAACAGUGCCUCCUCAAGCUCUCCUCCCCAUCCUUCCUCCCUCGUCUUCGCGUAACAUCGCUCCCAAGCUCUCCUUGCGUAGCAAUCAUCCCACCUCCGCUCAUCGCCAUCCGGACAAGGACAGUUACCGUGGUACUCCGGAGUCGAAGCUCGCACUCUCACUCGAAGGCUUUGAGCUAUACAAACACUCUUCCCCCUGCGCUUUCCCUCGAUCCCGACCUGGCUCUACCAGGCCCGCUGGGAAGGCCAGAGAAGACGUCUUUGGGGACGUUACCGGUGUCGGUGUCGGCGUCAGCUCGUCCUCUGGUACAAAUAAAGAUAAUAAAGCUCACCCCGGAGCGGACGAUGGCGAUGGCAAUAACAAUAACAAACCGAAGUACACCGAGCUGGAUGGCAAGAAGGCUAGGAGAAAGAAAGCUAUCUCCCAAGCUUCUUCCCGUGCGACGAAACUCCGCAGAGACAGCGAGAAGUUCAGCGAGGAAGACGUUCGCCGGCGAUCCGUAGCCGGGGCUGAACGAGGACAAGAAGCAGAGUCAGAGCGAGAACCUCUACAUUACCUAGCUGUGGAUCGAUGGGUCCGCAAGCGCACAAACACCAAGACCAAGACCAAGCCCACAAGAGCACCUUAUCAGGGAGUGACGUUGGUCUGCCUGCAUGCGAACGGGUUUCACAAAAAGAUGUGGGUCCCGACGUUACAAGAGCUCUUCGCAAUCUCCUCCUCUUCUUCCGGGUGGGGAGGUUCUGGGAUCGGUAGCAAGAUUGAGAUUGGGGACGCUAGAACUAGCUCUCCACCCGGGACUACAACCACAACUACAACCAUAACUACAACCAUAACUACAGAUAGAGAUAGAGAUGGAGAUAGCUCGACCGCAAAUGGACAGGCAGAGACGGACGCAGAGGCCGAGGUGGAGAUCGACGAGAUCCUCCUCGUAGACAUCUACAACCACGCCGAGUCUUACCUCUUGAACGACGGACGGGUCGGGCUGGUCUUUGAUUGGCAGGACGUGGCCCGGGACAUGAUCGUCUUGCUGCGAAACUGUCUUCCACCCCGCGCCGACCAGAUCGACCCAGCCGAGGUCCCUGAAUACUUAGAGUACAGGCAGGAAGGUGUGGACGACGAGCAAGGGGGAUAUGCGAGGAGGGUCAUCGGAGUGGGCCAUUCGAUCGGAGGGAACGCGCUCGUCCAAGCCUCUCACGCCUUCCCGGACCUGUUCCAUUCGCUCAUCCUCGUCGACCCGAUGACCCGCUCUCUCGAAUCGCACGAAGCGGGCGGGGUGGCCGAAACGCUCGUCCGCUCGUGUAUCGGACGACGAGACACCUGGCCCUCCUUGCGUGCGGCAGAGGAAGACCUGCUUCGUUCCCCGUUCUUCCGAGCUUGGGAUAAGAGGGUCUUCAAUUCGUUCCUGCAACACGGCCUCUGUCCGUUGACCCGAUUCUCCACGUACGCCGGACAGCAGGACCAGGACGAGGGCAGCGUCGGGUUGAUGACCCCGAGAUGGGCCGAGGCGACUGUCUUUGCGGGCGGACCAGGGAUGUUGGUCGGGUACGACAAAUUGAGCGAGUUGCGUCGGGAUAUGAAGGUCACAUUCAUCAUGGCCGAGAACCCGAGUUCCACUGGAGGCUCCGAACGCACGCACGACAUCGUCUGGAGGCCACCGAGAGCCGAAAAUGUCAUUGUCAAAGGGGCCGGCCAUCUAGUGAUGCAGGAAAAGCCCCGACAGGUAGCCCAGGCGAUGUAUGCGAGCUUGAACGGAUGGACGAUCGAGCCCGACGAAAAGGUCUUUGCCGACAAGGCCAGGUUGUAAAGCGAGUAUGCUCGAAGACGAACAAGUUGUAGCCCGAAAAAUUGGCAAAAAAGUGCGGAAAAUCAAUGG